AUGGACGAUGCUCGCACUUCUAUCGUCCAUGCGGCUGCUCCCCAUUUUUUGUGGCCGUUUGCGGUCCGAUACGCUGCUGAGCAACUCAACCUCUGGCCCCGUGUCUCCCACCCGGAGACCUCUCCCACUCUGCUGUGGACGGGCGAGGUUCGUGAUGCGUCGCCGUUUCGAGUCUGGGGUGCCCUUUCGCUUGUUCGCGACCCCCUCGCGGGGAAGCUCUCUCCCCGCACUCUUCGUUGCGUCUUCCUUGGCUUCCCUACCCACGCCCCGGGCUGGCAGUUUUACCACCCGGGUUCCUGUCGUAUUCUCUCCUCCCAGGAAAUCACUUUUGACGAGUCUGUCUGUUUCUACCAUCUCCACCCCCACCGCAGUUCCCCCGUGCCCCUCCCGCCUCUCUUCCUGGUAUCCAACCCACCCCCCCCGGUAGCCCCACUCCCCCGCACAGUCCUGCACCCUCAGGGGGGUGACUCGACUCCUGCUGCCACUGUGACUCCUCGCCGCUCUGCGCGCUUGGCGGUCCCUCCUGGGUUUCCGCCUCGACCGUCUUCACCGCCGCUGCAGCCUGUCGCUGUGGACUCUGGUGCAGCAGGAGGUGGUACAACUGGGGAUGCUGGUUUCUGGGGGUGCUGA